AUGCUUAGAUCUCACUGUAGGACACAGUCCGCAAUUUCUAUUUCUGACAUUACUCAGUACGAUGAGAAAACAGGUUGGAUUAUGGAGGAGGGUUACCAGUCAUUGAGACAAAGCACCUCGCGACAAAGAUUCUUAGUAUACAUGCUUCUUCUCGCUGAGGCAAUAAUGUCUGCAUCGCUUUCGGCACAGAUUCCGCUCCUCGUUACGGCCACCUCGUCUUCAUGCUCGGACUACAGCUCGGCUUAUCUUCGAAGUCUGCUUGAGUGCGCCUACUUUUUUGGAAGUACGUUCAGUAUCUUCUGGGGUUACGCUGCAGAUAGAGCUGGACGGAGGAUAGUCUCUCUGCUUGGUCUAACCGGAACCCUGGCUUGUUGCCUUUCCAUGGGCUUUGCAACAACUCUGCCUGGUUGGGUCGCAUUGCGAUUCCUGGCGGGAUGCAUGGGCUCAGCAGUUUUCACUUCUGCUCUUGCGAUGCUUGCCGACCUAAGUAUGCCUUCCGCGAAGGCUCUGCGAACUUUAUCACGAUUGCCUCUCAUAUCCGUGUGCGGUGGUAUUGGGCCACUUCUGCAAUCAAUCGUCAGGCAGCUUGGCGAGUAUGCACCAGCUGGGAUCUGGUCUCAGUGGCCCGCAUUGAAUGGUCAGAUUGCCUGUGCCAGUUUGAUUCUUGUCAUAUUCUUACUUGAAGUUAUCUGCUUGCGAGAGACUUUGGAUCCUCAGGCUGCAGUCAACUCGAACGGCGAAGAAGCGACUCUGCUUGGACACAAAUCCGAAGACAAUGAAGCCCUGUUGAUGGUCUCUGUUGUGGACAUUGACGAGCAAUCAUCAAUCAUUUCCAUGGAUGACUUUCUGCAAGCGCCCUCCUUUGUCACGCUCCUGGCAUCUUUCUCCAUCCUCUCCCUACACUCCUCUACAUUCGAGGUGCUGCUGCCUCACCUGGCCGACUCACCCUCCAAUGUGGGCGGCAUGGAUCUUCCUUGUGGCCUCUUGAACACGAUCAUCACCAUCGUCAAGGCAGUCGCCGCUGUCGGUGUCUUCUAUGCCUUGCCGAAAUUCUCAGCUCAAUUGGACAUUCUCUCCGUCUAUCGCAAAAUCUCAAUUGCAUUUCCUUGCAUCUAUACGUUAAUCCCAUUUUUUGCUAUGUUAGCAACUAUCUCCGGAGCACCGCCAACAUCGUGGGGCGUAUUCAGUACUUUUGCAGUUUUGGCAAAGGAACUUUUCGCAGAGAUAGCACAUGUGCUGGCCAUAUUGCUCGCUUUCUCUGCCAGUCCGAACGCAACGUCUGCUGGAACCAGUAUUGGAUUGCUCGGACUCUCGAAUCUCUUCAAAGCAUUGGCAGUCGGUGUCAGCGGAUUGAGCUAUUUCCUCUCCGAUGCAUACUCAGUCGUUGCCAUAAACGCCACUCUGUGGGCACUACUGGCCGUGUUGGCUUUUGUUGGCACAUCUAUCAACCUGAAGCUAAGAGAAGCUCCUCUAGUUGGUCAGGAUAUUCCAGCCGAGUUGUUGCGAUGGAGCAGUAUGUUUGAUGCCGAGUCCGACAGCGAGGCUGAGGUGUAG